AUGGUGUUUUCUAUCCCUAAUGCUGGGAACCUCGGGGAAUGCGACAAGCUGCACGGGCAGGUUGCUUCUUCACAUGCAAGUUCUACAAUGGCAGCUAAUGAUUCUGAAGCCAAAUCUGGAUUUGCCGAUAACUGGCAGCGCGGGAAAUCUCUCAUAGAAUGUCUGCGUUAUUCACUGCAACAAAAUUCUCACUGUGACGUCACGUUCCAGGUCGGGAAAGACAGGAAGUCCAUACCAGCUCACAGACUGAUACUGACUCUUCGGAGUUGCAUCUUUGAAGCAAUGCUAACUGGACCGAUGCCAGAACAAGAGAAUAUCGCCUUGCCGGACAUAGAAUCAGACAUUUUCGAACAGUUCCUCAUGUUCCUAUAUACCGAUGACGCUAUACUUGAUUCAAGGAACGCAAUCGGACUUUUGUAUUUAUCCAAAAAAUAUGACAUAACGCCCCUGGAACAGAAGUGUCUGGCGUAUUUGGAUUCAUCGAUAUCGUCACAUAAUGCCUGCGUCGUGAUGGAACAGGCCCGUUUCUAUGACGAACACGACUUGAAGGUCAAGGCUGUUAAAUAUAUCUGCGAAAACGGCAACACAGUUCUAAAGUCGCCUGGAUUCUCUGAUCUGUGUCACUCGUGUGUUCUCGAGAUCACGGAAACAGACGAACUGGUCGCAUCUGAGGAGAAAGUAUUCGAAGCCGUGAACACUUGGAGUGAGGCGGAAUGCAGACGACAAGGAAGGGAGAUAACCCCAGUUAACAAGAGAAGUGCACUCGGGAAGGCGUUGAUGAACGUGAGGUAUUCUCUUCUUGGUCAGAAGUAUUUUGUGGAUAGCGUUUCACCAACUAAGAUGCUGACAAAAAGCGAAGAAAACACAAUCUUCAAAAACUUCAUCUCUCCCGAUAAAUCUCUUUUACCUUUCAAAAAGGAGCCCAGAUGCAGGACAGAAAAGCUUAUUACUUGUAAACAGUUUGAAUACGUCGGUAAGAAGAACUAUUGUGCUCCUUCUGCUGAGUACACAACUAUGUUUUGUGUUAAUCAAACCUGUGCUCUACAAGGCUUUAACACCGUGAGUGAGUCAUUUGGAUUCAGCGCCUUUGUGUGCGAUGAAGAUACUGGUGCCGUUGUAGGUGAGACAGAUAAUGGAAAGAGAACAGGCUGUCUUGUUGAGUUCCUAGAUCAAGUCAGGAUUGUCAAAGACAGGAAAUACAGUCUAAUUGUUAAGUGUCAUAAAAGACAUUAUUAUCAGCGUGGUGAAUUAAGCGACAUAGCAGAAGACGGCGACUUUGUCUGCCACUUCUUAAAUAACACUACAAGCGGUUAUCAUGUGGUACUGAGCUUAGUCUUUCGAGUUUGAUGUUGUUGUUGUACCCUGUUUACAACUUUGUAAUUGUGACAUCGAUACACAUAGCGAUGACCAAUUCACACACGUCACAUACGCAUGAAUGUGAGAAUAACAAAUAUAAAACAAACACUUAAAGAAGAGAACAAACUAGCACAGACAAAUGUACCUUUUACAUGUGUUGCAAAAUCAAAAUACAAAAUGCAUGGAAAAUAUAUUUGUGCGAGCUGUCUUUAGUAAGUGGAUAUAAAAAGAGUUAUGUGAGGCCCUACGAAUUUUAAUAUUGUUAACAUGUCUGAAUAAUCUAAUCGACUAAUUUUCUGUUUAUCAUCCUGGUCGUCUUGGUGAAUAUUCUACAAUGUUUUUCUAUAGUCAUAUUUUUUGGCAAUUCAAUAGACGUGUAGGUGUAAAAAAAAAAAAAAAAAAAAAAAAAAAACAAGAAGAGAAAGGGGAAAAAACCACUAUCAAAGAAGAAGAAAACAAAAACGGGAGGUAACACACAAAUCUGUGAGAGCUAUAAGCCUUCAAUGCUACAAUACAUUCCCAGUCUCUCGGGUGAAAAACCUGAACAGAAAAUCGCCAAGACCACUCGUCACCCCAAAUGACAUCGAUGAAUAACAUUGGGGCUCAGAGUGAGCCGAUACAGCAACAGUAUUACAUGACAAUAAUGACUUGUAACGUUCCGCACCUGCAUAUAAUGUUUGUAAGGCCAAAACGAAAAUUGUUAAAAAAAACAAAUUCGGGAACAUGCCAAAUGUUUUUUUUUAGCUAGGUACGUUCGGCUUUGUUUCUUGUAGACUUUCGCUUAUUUCUCUUAUGCAAAAAAAAACAUUGGAACACAAUAAUGCAUUGAAACAAUACAUACAUAUAUUACAUAGUUUAUUACACCGCGGUGGAAGAGAUAUCCAUGUGAUAUUUAUUGUCUCUUCACAUUGUGGAAUAUGCCUUUUGAAAGGUCGUACAACUCACAUAUGUUUAUAAAAUCUACUUUAUAAAAUUACCCGAAAAACUGUGCACCAUCCUUCUGAAAUUCAGAACAUGUAAUCAUUAUUAUUUACCAUAGCAACAGGAGGCUGGAACCCAGUUGAAAACAGAUUAUGUACAUUGUGCGAAGGAACUGCUAUUUAAAUGUAACUAUUUCAUGAACACACACAAAAAGACGUAUAAAGCCAUAUUAUUAUUAUUAUUAUUAUUAUUAUUAUUAUUAUUAUAGUCCUUAACCAUAUGUCUGACACCAUAUAACCGUAAAUAAAAUGUGUUGAGUGUGUCGUUAAAUAAAACAUUUCUUUUAUUAUUAUAAGCCGUAGCAUAUUAAUAUUAAAAGAACUAUGUCGUUGUAAUAGCAUAAGCGAGUGGAA